GCCUUUAUAAAAGUGGUGGCAGGUUUUUUGUUGUGGAUGUGCGCUUUCUCUCAAAAAAUAAUUGACAAUUAUUUUCAAAGUAUUUGUUGUUUUUAUUUAGAUAAAUAUGGGAAUUUUGGGACUCUCAAAAUUAAUUGCGGAUGCCGCACCGCAAUCUAUUAAAGAAUCUGAAUUGAAACAUUAUUUUGGUCGUAAAAUUGCUAUUGACGCUUCUAUGUGUCUUUAUCAAUUUUUAAUCGCUGUACGUUCUGAUGGAGCUCAAUUAACAUCAACAGACGGCGAAACAACUAGUCAUCUAAUGGGAACAUUCUACAGAACAAUUAGACUUGUUGAACAAGGAAUAAAACCGGUCUAUGUAUUCGAUGGUAAACCACCGAAUUUAAAAGGUGGUGAACUUGCGAAACGUGCUGAAAAAAGAGACGAAGCUCAAAAGCUUCUUCAAGCUGCAGAGGAAGCGGGAAACGUUGAGGAUAUGGACAAAUUUAAUAGACGUUUAGUCAAAGUAACGAAAACUCACAACGAAGAGGCAAAACAACUUUUGAAAUUAAUGGGAGUUCCCUAUAUCGAUGCUCCCUGCGAAGCUGAGGCACAAUGCGCAGCUCUUGUAAAAGCAGGAAAAGUUUUUGCUACUGCCACCGAAGAUAUGGAUGCAUUAACUUUCGGUGCCAAUGUUCUUUUACGUCGUUUGACAUUCAGUGAAGCGCGAAAAUUACCCGUUCAGGAGUUUCAUUUCGACAAAGUUCUCGAGGGAUUGGAACUGAAUAAAGACGAGUUUAUCGAUCUUUGUAUUAUGUUGGGAUGCGAUUACACUAAUAGCAUUAAAGGCGUUGGUCCAAAGAGAGCUAUUGAAUUAAUUAAAACUCACAGAUCAUUGGAAAAAAUUAUCGAAAAUUUGGACACAAAAAAGUUCCCCGUUCCCGAGGAUUGGAAUUAUAAACAAGCGAGGCUUCUCUUCCAGGAACCCGAAAUAACCAAUCCAGAUGAAAUCGAGUUAAAAUGGACGGAUCCUGAUGAGGAGGGUUUGGUACAGUAUUUAUGUGGUGAUAAACAAUUUAAUGAGGAACGUGUUAGAAAUGGGACGAAAAAAUUGCUAAAAGCAAGAAGCACAUCGACACAAGGAAGACUUGAUUCAUUUUUCAAAGUUUUGCCAAAUCCAAAUCCAAAUCCAAUAAAACGCAAAGUUGAUGAGAAAAAAACACCAGCGAAGAAAGGAAAAUCAGGCGCAAAACGCGGAAGAGCGAAAUAAUUUUUAUGAAAUUUUGUCAUCAAAAAUUAUUCUUCUUCUUUCUUUUUUUUUAACUUAUUUUUGUAAUAAUUUUUUUUUUUACUCAAUGUACAUUUUCAUAAUAAUUAUU